AUGGAGAUUCGUAAAGAGGAAUUUGAAUCAGCCCUGAAAAUGAUGAAGCUACCAGUGGAAAUAAUAGUUUAUAUUCUUGAAAUUCUAGAGGCAAAAGGGAAAUUGAAGCCAAAAUACCUCAGGGUUUGUAAGUUAUUUUAUCUAAUAGCACUCCCAAUGAUUUAUAGGAGGCCUACUUUGAAAGCAACUAAUUUUUUCGCCUUUGUCGAUACAAUAUCGUCCAACAAAACCAUAGGCAAUAAUAUUCGAGAGUUAGAUCUUUCAUACAUUAUUCAGACAGGUAAAAAUGCCUUCGUUGCAAAGUUGCUAAAGAGAUCUAGAGCAAACUUAGAAGUAUUCGUCGCUCCACAAACAAGUUUUGGACUAGGGCCAUUAAUAGCAUUAAAAAAUUGUACGAAAUUGAAAGUUUUAGAUUUAAGACUCGUAUCAGAAACUUUGAAUUUGGUAGAAUUGUUCAACUCAAUUAACAGUUUAGAUGAAUUAACACAUUUGUCAUUUCCAAGAUCAUCAAUUGAAAUACACGACUUCAAGAGCAUUCACUGGCCUUCCAGACUAUCAUUUUUACGGCUUUCAGGUGGCAUAACUGACGAAUUUUUGAUGCAAUCAGAAUUUCCCUCUACAAUAACCCAGUUGGAAUUUGCGCAUUGCCCGGCAAUAAAGAACUUUGGCUUACACAAUUUAUUAUUCAAGUUCGGGAAAAAUUUGACUUCCUUAAAGAUUCAGUAUCCAAUGCCUGGAUUGAAGGAAAAUGCCAUGGAUUUAGUUUUUAACUAUUGCCCCAAUUUAAUCGUGUUGGAAAUCUCAGUCGAUUACGUUUCCAGCUCAUUUUUUGACGAAGAGAAUUUGUCUUAUUUGACAUAUCCAAGACCGUUAAGAACAUUAUAUAUAGAGAGUAGUGGAAUGCUUGGUACGUCAACCAAAUUGGAUCCUAUUGACUUGGCAAUUGCAAUAAAUGAAGAUAGACUACCAUUCUUAAAGAAUAUUCGAUGUACUGCAAAACUAGGCUGGGAUCCAAAGUCUGAAUAUGUUUCCUAUAUAGUUGACACAUUAGAUGAAAGGGGUGGCGGGUUAUACGUAGGUUAUUGA